AUGUUCAACAACAAGCCGCUGGAUCAAGUCGACAAGGACCUGUACGACAUUUUGGCAGACGAAGAGAAGAGACAAAAGGAGACCAUAAAUUUGAUUGCUUCUGAGAAUCUAACAAACAUCGCAGUGCGUGAAUGUCUGGGGCAUCGAGUGAGUAAUAAAUACUCAGAGGGUUACCCCAAGAAGAGGUACUACGGAGGGAAUGACUACAUUGACAAAAUCGAGGAGCUUUGCCAGAAGAGGGCUCUGGAAGCCUUCAACGUAAGUGAAGAAGAAUGGGGUGUGAAUGUGCAACCUCUUUCCGGAUCUGCAGCGAACGUCCAAGCCCUCUACGCAUUGGUAGGUGUAAAGGGAAAAAUAAUGGGCAUGCACUUAUGCUCAGGAGGGCACUUAACACAUGGGUUCUUUGAUGAAAAAAAAAAAGUUUCCAUCACCUCCGAUAUGUUUGAAUCAAAACUUUACAAAUGUAAUGAAAAAGGAUAUGUUGACUUAGAUGCAGUAAGAGAAAUGGCUUUGUCCUUCAAACCCCAAGUUAUAAUCUGUGGGUACACUAGCUACCCUAGGGAUAUAGAAUAUGAAAAGUUCAGACAAAUCUGUGAUGAAGUAGGUGCAUAUUUAUUUGCAGACAUUUCACACAUUUCAAGUUUUGUCGCAUGUGGAAUUAUGAACAAUGCAUUUUUGUAUGCUGAUGUAGUUACCACAACGACCCAUAAAAUAUUAAGAGGACCCAGAAGUGCAUUGGUGUUUUUUAAUAAGAAAAGAAAUCCUGGGAUCGAUCAAAAGAUAAACAGUGCUGUGUUUCCAAGCUUCCAGGGGGGACCCCACAACAACAAAAUUGCAGCUGUGGCAUGUCAAUUGAAGGAAGUUAAAUCACCUUAUUUUAAGGAGUACACACAACAGGUUCUACUAAACAGUAAAGCAUUAGCUAAAGCAUUAAUAAAUAAAAAUAUUGACUUGGUGACAAAUGGAACAGAUAAUCAUCUCAUUGUUGUAGAUUUGAGGAAAUUUGGGAUCACAGGAUCUAAACUACAAGAAACGUGUAACGCGAUUAAUGUGGCAUUAAAUAAAAACACCAUUCCCUCUGACGUCGACUGCGUAUCCCCCAGCGGGGUGCGUAUUGGUACUCCUGCCAUGACCACCAGAGGCGCAAAGGAAAAGGACAUGGAAUUCAUCGCAGACAUUUUGGAACGGGCUAUUAAAAUAACCGUGCAGUUGCAGGAACAGUAUGGAAAAAAACUCGUUGAUUUUAAAAAAGGCUUGCCUAAUUGUGCUGAACUGCAAACGUUGAAGCAGCAAGUUGUCACCUGGACCGGCGCCUUGCCCUUCCCCUGA